AUGGACAAGGGUUGUUUGAACGGUGUUAUUUUUCUGGAUCUCAAAAAAGCGUUUGACUGCGUUGACAACCAUAUAUUAACUAAGAAAGUGCAUAUCUAUGGAAUAAGAGGACAUACACUUGCAUGGUUUCGAUCUUAUCUUACAAAUAGGACUCAAAUCUGCAAGGUCAACCAAGCAAUGUCUGAGGCAAGGACUGUUAAAUGUGGCAUACCUCAAGGUUCAAACCUAGGCCCACUGCUGUUCUUGCUUUAUAUAAAUGACCUACCAAAUUGUCUGAGUCUGUCUUCAGCAAGCAUGUUUGCUGAUGACACAAACAUCUCAACUCACGGUGAUACUGGCAAUGAAAUACAAGAACGCUUAAACGCAGACUUAGAAAAUGUGCAUCAAUGGCUACUUGCAAACAAACUUACACUCAACAAACAAAAAACUGAAUAUAUGAUUAUCGGCUCACGACAACGUAUAUCAAAUAAAAUAGGGGAUCCUAAAAUUGAACUCG